UAUCGAGCCCACACGGGGUAGUGCCGCCGCCGCCGUCGGCCGCACGUGAUGCAUGCGGGCACCUAGCGGCUGCACGCGCGCGGGCCUCAUGGGCACCGUGCUGAGCUUCAGCCCGCGCGAGCGGCGCCUGCCCCAGGCCGCACCGCCGCCCGAUCGCGCUGCCGCGGCGCUUGCCUACUCCUACGAGCGGCUCAACAACGCCAAAAACCGCGAGAACCGUGAUAUCCCGCCGCACGAGCGUCGCGCCACUCUCGACGAUGCCGCCAAGAUUAUAUCAGAGAAGACAGCCCUCGAAAAGAACCUAAAGAAGCAUUCGCUGUUUAUAAACGCGCUCUCGUGGAAGAGAUUCUCUACGGCCAACAACAACAAAAAGAAGCUAGAAUGCAAGAGCAAGAGCGUGGCUACUUUCCGCGCGCCGUUGACGGACAAUGCACCGCUCGACAGGAACAAGAAUGUCAGCGUGCAGGGCGUGAUAUAUGCGCGGCCUACGGUGGUGCCUACGCCGCUGCCGCCACCCGCCGAGGUGGUGCGGGCCAACGUACUCAACAACAACGUUUGCUACGCGGAGAAAUUGCCCACAACGGCGGUAGGGCCGGUGGUGCAACCGCGGAAAACCGUCAUCCAGGCGUCGACAUCGGAGCUGCUCAAGUGCCUCGGCAUGUUUCUGCAUGCGCGUUGCCACCGCCUGCGCGACUUCCAAGCGGGCGACGCCGUUAUGUGGCUACGAACCGUCGACCGCUCGCUGCUGCUGCAGGGCUGGCAG